AUGUCGCGGCCGGUCUGUUCAAGACCCUCUUGUUCGCUUUCAGGCACAAUUGCGGGCACCAUUGCUUGUUACUCUGUCAUCCCAGGUCGUUCCCUUCUUGCCCCAGAUCUCUCAUUCCCAAAAUGUAUCUCUGCUUUUGCGGGAAGGUGGAGAACCCUCCGAACGUUUCCAUCGCUGCCGUAUGGGGCGGUUGUACCAGAGGAGCACUCCCCGCCAUUGUCGAAAUUUGUGUCGUGGAUCCACUUUCGGGAGUUGGGUUGUCGUUCCUCGGAGCUACAUGGUAGAAUAGAACACGCAGCACCUGUGUCCGUUGAUUUUUCGUCUUCUUCUUCUUCAUCAUCGUCAAGAAACUCAGACCAAAUAGCGUGUUGCAGAGAUGGAUUAUUCGGGCUACAACUACCAGCAGCAACAGCAACAACAUUCCUAUGGCUACGACCCUUCUCAGAUCCAAAUCCAACCCUACGAUCAAUCCUAUGCUUAUCAACAAUACUACGCAUACAAUUCCCAAUACGCCUAUUUUUCCAACACACAUCAAGGUCAGUUUCAAUUCCAACCCGAACCCGCUCCUCUUCACCCUCCCGGCGUCAAUCCCACCGUUCCGGACUCCGCCCCGAGCAAAUAGCGUGCGGUGCUUCCUCAGCUUCUUUUGGGAACUUCUCUGGACAAAAGGACCAUAAAUUGACAACUUAUCAAGGAUUGCUAGAUCGACAGUAUCUUGAGGCUCAUAGAGAUAGGCAUGAAUUGGGCCAAGUGCCUUGUCCAAGGACUGGACCAUCUCAAUACAGAGGUAGGGGUGGCCGGGGUGGUAGACCAUUUAGAGGGGCUGGUCGUGGUCGGGGCCAUGGUAGGGGACAUGGUGUUGGGGGUGGUAGACACGCACCAUCUCAUUCUUCUGGUGCUGCUAUUUGUCAUGUUGCAGGUGCAUCUGUUGCUGCUGGGACUAGUUCAGCGAUAGAGCCUUCAUCAUCGGUGUCUGUGCCAACACAAUUACCUAAACAAGCUCGAGUGCAACCACCGGCACCACGUAAGGUAUGCUGUGAAAUUUGUAAGGUUGAGUGCAAUACUCCAGAAAUCUUGGAGCAACACAAGAAUGGGAAGAAACAUCAGAAGAAUAUGAGGAUGCAUGAAGAAUUGCAAAGGCGCAAUGCUCUAAAUGGACAACAGAAUGCGCAAAUUCCUACCUCUCAAUUGAAUUUGACAGAUCAACCUAAGCAAGUUCAGGAGUCUGAGAAUAAUGGAUUCCCAGCAGAAAAUAUGGGCUCUAGGGUUAUAGUUAAUAAUCACGAGGACGAAACUCAGCAGCAGAAUAAUGUAGGAAAUAUAUCUGAGGCUUCUGAAGCACCUGAGGCAAAAAACACGGAUAACUCUGCCGCUAGAGGCCGAGGAUUAAAGCGGAAGAAGAAAGGAGGAGGAAAAGGAGGUAAAUAUAUGAGAACCAAUGAUGGUUUAAAGCCUGUGGAAUCUGCACAAACCAUGUCUUUUAGAUGUGAGUUGUGUGACGUUAAAUGUGAAUCACAAAUUGUUUACCAGAGCCAUGUGACUGGAAAAAAGCACUUAUCGAAACUAAGGCGUGCUCAUGAUCCCCAAGCUUCAUCUGGAGUAGGCCAGCAGCAAGCUCUGUCUGGAGCACUCUUGGGGCUUCAAGCCCUUUACCCUCCUGACAUCAAUGCUCUGUCUAAUGCAAUUAAUGCUCAAGUACAACAAGGUGAUAAUGAUCCACAGGUACUUUUGGCUCAGCUUCUGAUGACUGUACUAUCUCAAGCACAAGUUACAGCAGCAGCCCAAGUGACAGGUGUCACCGCUGCUCAGAUGCCUGGACCCAUAUCUAUGGCUGGACCAAGUUAUGAACCCCAGUUGUUGCAAACACAAGUAUCAGAAAUCACAGCACGUGCUAAUUUGGAUAAUCCUUCUGCGGAAACAAAAACUGAGGUGUUACCUGAUCCAUCACUGGAGUCAAAAGCACAGCAAGGCUCAAGUGUCAGCGCCCAAAUUGAAGGUGGUGGUUCUGAAACUAAACCGGUGUAAAAUUCCCCCAAUAUAUUUCUGUUGCGACACCCACAGUCAAUUUCGGAAUGUGAAUCUCCCACCGCUUGGUAGGCCAAAGAUGAGUCAUUCUCUUAAAUUUUCCACUUUUUUUCUUCCCAAAAGGGUGGUUAUUAACUGUUGUUGGGAUUUUCUUUUCUCUCAGAGGUAGAUUUGAAUAUUGUAGGAAUUUGCUCAUAUGGAUGUUUGGAGUUGCUAGAAAUCCUUUAUGUUACUGCAAUGUGAAAAUUACCUUUUAGUGAUCAAAGUCGGGAGCGGAUCAGUGAACGUGUUUAACAUUUAAGAAAUCCGUUGGUCUGCUUUGAAAUU